AUGUUGAGUUUUAUAAAAUUAUUAUUAUUUUUUUUUAAUUUUAUGAUCUUUCAAGGAAAGGUUAUAUUAUGUGUAAAUCAUAAAAGUUCAGAUUUAUCCUUAUUUUUAUAUUCUCAUAGAAUUUAUGAAAACAAAAAGAAAAAUCAUGUGAGGAAAAAAUUAAGUAUAUUAAAUUUAAAGAAGAGACUAGACCCGAAUGAUAAAUACACAGUGAUUAAAAGGCAUGAAUCCAAAAUACAAAGAAAUUUAAAAAGAAAGUAUAUGAUUGAAAGAUAUAAAGAAAAGAGGCAACAAUUAAAAAAAUAUAUAUCUGAAGCUUCGUCACCUAUUGAAUAUGUUUAUUGGAAAUAUAAACUUUCAACAUUACCUAGAGAUUCCUGUCCAGUACGAUAUAGAAAUAGAUGCGCAAUAACAGGAAGAGCUAGAGGAUAUUACUCCUUCUUUGGUUUAUGCAGACAUCAAGCAAGAUCUCUUAUACAAAAAAUGUUUUUUCCUGGAUUUGUCAAAGCAAGUUGGUAA